CGAUGAGCUGUUUAAUUAAAAUCGUUUUUUCCAUCAAUGAAUGAAUCCACGGAUCUAAAUUCAAGGAAUUCUAACCAAAACCAAAGUGUUAUAAAAUCAUAAUCAGAAUCAGAAUCAGAAUCACAUUGCUGCAUUAACACUACAAUGAAGAAGUUCCAUAGAAAUGUUCCUGUUUUCACUUCCACGCGUUUAUUCGCUUCUCUUUUUCUUUUAACUCUUUUUCUCUUUUCUCUCUCCUUCAUUCUUCCAUCUUCUCCAUUAUCAUCAACUACAACUCCUCCUACCAGUCUUCUUCAUCUCAAACAAAAUCAACAACUAGGUUUGAAGAGUGAUGCCUCUGAUUCUAAAGUGUUCCCAAACGAUAAACUACUUGGUGGACUUCUAGCAUCUGGAUUUGAUGAUAGAUCCUGUCUCAGCAGGUAUCGUUCAGUUAAAGGACUAUCAGGGAAUCCAUCUCCUUACCUAAUUUCAAGAUUACGAAAAUACGAAGCUCUCCACAAAAAAUGCGGACCUUAUACCGAAUCCUACAAUAAAACAGUAAAGGAUCUCAAUUCUGGCCAUUUAAGUGAGUCCCCAGACUGUAAGUACGUAGUUUGGAUUUCAUUUAGUGGUUUAGGGAACAGGAUAUUGACCUUAGCUUCUGCAUUUCUUUAUGCUCUCCUCACAAAUCGUGUUCUUUUGGUUGACCCUGGAGUCGAUAUGGUCGACCUCUUUUGCGAACCGAUUCCAGAUGUCUCCUGGUUUCUCCCUCCUGAUUUCCCUCUCAACAGUCAAUUUCUUAGUUUGAAUCAGAAAUCUGAUCAAUGUCAUGGAAAAAUGCUAAAAAAUAAAUCAGUCACGAAUUCCAAAGUACCUUCUUCUGUCUACCUUCAUUUGGCGCAUGAUUAUGAUGAUGAGGAUAAGCUUUUCUUCUGCGAUGAAGAACAACAAUUUCUGCAGAAAGUUCCUUGGUUAAUGAUGAAAACAGAUAAUUACUUUAUCCCGUCGUUAUUCUUGAUGCCGUCUUUUGAUCAGGAGCUCAGUAAUCUCUUUCCAAACAAGGACAAAGUUUUCCAUUUCAUAGGCAGGUAUUUGUUUCACCCUACAAACAAAGUUUGGGGAUUUGUUUCUAGAUACUAUCAAGCUUAUUUAGCUAAUGUUGAUGAAAGAGUUGGCAUCCAGAUUAGGGUUUUCGACACGAGACCCGGUCCAUUUCAACAUGUAUUCGAUCAAAUCUUAGCUUGCACUUUGAAGGAGAAUAUCUUGCCUGAUAUUGACAAGAAGCAUGAUAAUAUUGGUUCAUUAAAAAAUUUGAAGUCGAAAGCGGUACUAAUGACAUCCUUAAAUUCUGGUUAUUUCGAAAAAGUAAGAGACAUGUAUUGGGAAUAUCCAACUGUGACCGGAGAAGUUAUUGGUGUUUACCAACCAAGCCAUGAGGGAUAUCAACAAACUGAGAAGCAAAUACACAAUCAAAAAGCUUGGGCAGAAAUGUAUCUAUUGAGUUUAACCGAUGUGUUGGUGACUAGCUCGUGGUCUACUUUCGGCUACGUGGCACAGGGGCUUGGAGGUUUGAAACCUUAUAUCCUAUACAAACCUGAGAAUGAAACUGCUCCUAACCCUCCUUGUCGACGUGCAAUGUCAAUGGAGCCGUGUUUUCAUGCUCCUCCUUUCUAUGAUUGUAAGGCUAAGAGAGGCACUGACACAGGUGCACUUGUUCCUCAUGUAAGACAUUGUGAGGAUAUGAGUUGGGGUCUUAAGGUUGUAGACAAUAAUAGUGCUAGUUAUUGAAGUUAUGAAUUGGAUACCACUAGUUAUUUUGCUGUAGGAUAACAUUAGUUACUGAUUUCAAAUUUAUAUAGUUUUCUACAGAAACCAUAACUCCAUAUUGAGUGCAUGGUAUAUUGGGUUA